GAAAUAACAAAAAAAUUCAGAGCUUCUUUACCUCUAGAAUGUGUGUUUGAACCAGCGGAUGUGAUGUUCCACUAGAUUUCAUGUUUGAACCGAUCCGAACCGAUCAAUUUUAAACCGAGCCAGUUUAUGAAAAAUAGAACCAGACCGUUUUUAUGAAAACGGUUCGGUUCACUGAUUUUAUUUGUUAGACCGUGAACCGAACCAGAGAAACUGAGAAUCAAAAUCAUAAACUGAAACCGCCACUCACCACCAUAAUCGGAGCUAUCACUAUAAUCGCGUUCUCACAGAAUCGCGUUAACGGAAAUCGCGUUAACGGAAAUCGCGUUUUCGACAUUCUUUGACGGAAACUCCAUUCUCCUUCCCUGGUUUAAUUUUCGAUAUGGAUUCGGUCGAAAACAGGGACGAAGGGGAUUUGGAGUUCAAUGAUAAGAGGAAACAGAGGUCAAGGAAGCAUGUGAACGGUGAUGAUGAAGGUGAAGGUUCAGAUGGAAGCGGAAAAAGGAAGCGUUCUGGAAAAGGGGACGGGGAAAGGGACGAUUACGAUUCGUGGUUGAAGGCGGCGAAAAAGAGACAAGAAAAGAACACAUUGGAGAAUUUGAGUAGUUUUUAUGAGGAUGGUGAGUUGGAAGGUGGGGAUAAGAUGGGAAGGAAUGCUCACAGAAGGAGUGGUGGUAGUAAAGAGGAUUUUAGGUAUUCGGAAAAGAUUGAAAGCGGAAGAGAAUCGAGAGAUAAUAAGAGUCGUGGGUCUUCUGAACAGGUUAAGAGUUCUAGAAGGAAGCGGGAUGAAGUUGACAUUAUUAGUGUGAAGAAAGGGCAGGAUAGUGUUUCUGAGAAAGGUGAUUUGAAGAGUGGUAAGGUUUCUGAAGCUAAGAGGAGUGAGUCGAGGGAAAGGAGUGAACCUAGGGAGAGUAGAGUUUCGGGUAGUGAUAAUAAGGUUGUUAAAUCGGGUAGUAAAGAAGAUAGAAGAAGUGAUUCUGAGAUAGGUAAGAGUAAAGGGAAGUUGGAAACGCUGGAUGAUAGGGUUGAGAAGCCCAAGCGUCAUAGAACGCCGACUGGUUUUGAUGUGACUGAAACUUUGGAGAAUCCGGGAAAUGCAGAUGAGGAUGUCAGUGUGCGGGUUAGGGAUAAGAGUGUUAGAGAAACCGGGAGCUCGGCAAGAUCUUGGACACCUGAGAAGAGUGGAAAGCGUCAUCAAGAUUCGGAGAUGGAUCAUGAAAGAAGUGAUAGUUUUAAAAGAAAGGAAAUUGAGAAUGAUGGUUAUAAAGAUGAUAGGUCCAAAGGAAAAGAUGAUACUUGGAGUGAUAGGAGGAAAGAUCGGGAAAGUUCUAAAGAGAAUUGGAAAAGGAGGCAGCAGAAUAAUAAUGACAGAGAUUCAAAGAAUGAGGAUGGUGCUUUUGAUCACAACAGAGAGUGGGAGUUGCCCAGACACAGUUAUGAUAGGAUGGACAACGAAAGGCCUCACGGUCGGUUAGGUGGUAGAAAAGAUGGGCUUAGGGCUGUGAAAACUACAACCAAAUUUGGAAUUUCAAAUGAUAAUUAUGACGUGAUAGAGAUCCAGCCAAAGUUCGUUGAUUAUGGAAAGGCAGAUUCUGUAUCCAACCUUAGCAAGAGAACUGAAGCAAAUCAACAGUACAAUGCUAAAUCAGGUGGUAAUCGUGAAGACUGGACACAUCAUCAAGAAGAAAGAGCAAGAAAGAGUGAUUUAUCUGGUUCUGGGACACCUAGUGAAGAUCAGAAAGAGAGAUAUGCUGAUGAUGACUAUGAUUUUAAUGGGGACAGAGGAAGAGGUCAGAAAAAUGUCGCAAAUACUCGCAGUACCGGUGGUUCACAGUCACAGUAUGGAAACCCAGAUUCUGGAUCCUUUAACAGAGGUGGUCCACAAGGAAUAAUAGGGAACAGGGUUGGUAGAGGAGGAAGGAUUAGGCCUCCUGGGAGAGACAACCAGCAGGUUGGAAUGCCAUUGCCAAUGAUGGGAUCACCUUAUGGUCCUCUUGCCAUGCCUCCGCCUGGGCCAAUGCAGCAUGGUAUGUCACCUGGCCCUCCAAUUUCCCCAGGAGUCUUCAUGUCACCAUUCAACCCAUCUGUUUGGUCUGGACCUCGAGGCGUUGACAUGAGUAUAAUGGGUGUUCCACCCGCAGGGUCUCCUGUGCCUCCAGGUCCAAGAUUUAAUGCUGCUAAUAUGGGGAACCCACCAAAUCCUGCAAUGUAUUUUAACCAAUCAGGCCAUGGAAGGGGGAUUCCCCCAAGCAUUUCUAGUCCUGGUUUCAAUCAUACAGGACCAAUGGGUAGAGGAACACCACCUGAUAAAAUUCCAGGGGGAUGGGCUCCACCUAAAAGUAGUGGAAGUAUGGGUAAAGCUCCUUCCAGAGGUGAGCAGAAUGAUUAUUCUCAAAACUUUGUUGACACUGGUAUGCGGCCUCAGAAUUUCAUCAGGGAGCUUGAGCUGACGAAUGUUGUAGAGGACUAUCCUAAGCUUAGGGAGCUUAUACAGAAAAAGGAUGAAAUUGUGGAAAAAGCUGCAACCGCUCCCAUGUAUUACAAGUGUAAUCUAAAGGAGUUUGAACUGGCUCCGGAGUUCUUUGGGACCAAGUUUGAUGUCAUUCUUGUGGAUCCUCCAUGGGAGGAGUAUGUGCACCGAGCGCCUGGUGUUGCUGAACACACGGAGUGUUGGACAUUUGAAGAAAUAAUGAACCUCAAGAUUGAGGCUAUAGCAGAUACUCCUUCUUUCAUCUUCCUUUGGGUGGGUGAUGGUGUAGGUCUUGAACAAGGCCGACAAUGUCUAAAGAAGUGGGGAUUUCGUAGGUGUGAAGAUAUAUGUUGGGUGAAGACAAAUAAAAGUACUGCAACUCCAGGGCUGCGGCAUGAUUCACAUACUUUAUUCCAACAUUCAAAGGAACACUGCUUGAUGGGCAUAAAAGGAACAGUUCGUCGAAGUACUGAUGGCCAUAUUAUUCAUGCCAACAUUGACACGGAUGUAAUUAUUGCUGAAGAACCUCCUUAUGGUUCAACACAAAAGCCUGAAGAUAUGUAUCGGAUUAUUGAACACUUUGCCCUUGGAAAGAGGAGACUUGAACUAUUUGGUGAAGACCACAAUAUCCGACCCGGCUGGCUGACUCUUGGUAAAGAACUGUCGUCUUCAGAUUUUAAUAAGGAGGCAUAUGUCAAGAACUUUAGUGACAAGGAUGGGAAAGUUUGGUUAGGUGGUGGUGGAAGAAAUCCACCUCCAGAGGCACCUCAUCUGGUGGUGACUACUCCUGAUAUAGAGGCUCUUAGGCCAAAGUCCCCAAUGAAGAACCAGCAACAAAUGCAGCAGCAACAGCAAUCAGUAACCAUUUCUUUGACGUCAGGUAGCGGAUCAAACAGAAGGCCCAUUGGGAAUUCACCGCAGAAUCCAACUGCAGUCGGUCUCAACCAAGAAGCUUCUAGCUCAAACCCUUCUACACCAGCUCCUUGGGCUUCUUCACCUAGGGAGAGCUUCAAGGGACGCGAAGGCUCCGUAUUGCCUUCAGAUGAUAUGUAUGGGUUUAAUGGACCAGUACCAGCAGGCUAUGUAGAUUUUGAAUCAUUUAGACAAAUGAAUAUGUUGUAGCAUAACUUUGAGGAUAAAAUUGUACAGUAUUGUAUAACUUUUCCCCCUGCCAAUAUAAAUGGGAAGAAAAAUAUUGGCAAUA